UGUUGACUCCGUCGGGGUACCAGAAGACCGUGAGGCAGACGGCUCUUCACCAGAGGGCUGGUGCGAUGCACGCGGCGGACAUGAUGGAGCUGAGUUACUGGGACACACGCAUCUGUUUCCACGUCCUCUUCAGCGAAGCUGUGAAGCACCCAGAGAUGCUCCUCGAGUACGGAGAGGAGGGGGCUGGGGACGGAGACAGCGAGGCAGAGAAUGAGGCCCGCUUCAUGGAGUUCGGGAUGCUUUAUUCGAACUGGUGUUUUCUGCCAUGCUCAACUAAUGCUGUACGUCGUGGGAGCUGCUGUUACUGUGUGGAGUGGGUGUAG